GGGCGCCGACGCGUAAAUAUCGAUAGAAUAUCAGCUGAGUUCGGUCGAAAGCUACAGCCUAGAAUACAUACAUACAUACAUAUACACUAUUUCACAACUGGCAGUGAUUAGGCCACCAAUUAAUCGUAUUUAAUUCUCACACCAGCCAUGAAGUCACUUGGCCUCAAAACUAGUUUCGCGGCUCUGCUGCUGCUCUGUUUGCUGAGCUGCGUCUCGGCCUACAAUUAUCUGGUGGUGCUGCCCACGGCAGCCCGUUCCCACUACCACGUGGGAUCGGCAUUGGCCAAAGGUCUGGCUGCAGCGGGUCAUCAGGUGACCAUUGUCUCGCCAUUUCCACUGAAGAAACCCAUCAAGAAUAUCAAGGAUGUGGGUGUGCCCGGUAUGCUGACCGCCAUGCAGGGCAAUAUGAAGAACCUGUUAACCUCUUCAAAGGAUCCGAUUAUACAACAAAUUGUCAAUUUCCAUCACAUGGGCCUGAACAUAACCGAGUAUCUGCUGAGCGAUCCUGCGGUGGUUGAACUCAUCAACUCGAAGCAGAACUUUGAUGCCGUCAUCACGGAGGUGUUCCUCAACGAGGCACACUUCGGACUGGCCGAGCACUUUAAUGCGCCGCUCAUCGGAAUGGGCACUUUCGGAGCCAUCAGCUGGAACACAGAUCUGGUUGGAACACCUUCACCACCUUCGUAUGUGCCGCAUGCCCUGCUCAAGUUCUCCGAUCACAUGUCGCUGGUGGAGCGCGUGGCCAAUCUUGCCUUUGUGACGUACGAGCAUCUCUUCCUGAACUUCUACUACCUGCCCCUCCAGGAGGCCAUCUACCGGAAACACUUCCCCAACAACAAGCAGGACUUUUACGAGAUGCGCAAGAACACGGCGCUGGUGCUCUUGAAUCAACACGUCUCCCUGAGCUUCCCACGGCCCUACUCGCCCAACAUGAUCGAAGUGGGAGGCAUGCACAUCAACCGCAAGCGCCAGCCACUGCCCAAGGACAUCGAAGAGUUCAUCGAAGGAGCCAAACAUGGAGUCAUUUACUUCUCAAUGGGCUCCAACCUGAAAAGCAAAGAUCUGCCCCUGGAGAAGCGUCAAGCCCUGUUGGACACCUUCUCUCAGUUGAAGCAGCGUGUUCUGUGGAAGUUCGAGGACACCGACUUGCCCGGCAAGCCGAAGAAUGUCUUCAUCUCGGACUGGUUCCCUCAGGAUGACAUCCUUGCCCACAACAAUGUGAUUGCGUUCAUCACCCACGGCGGCCUGCUGAGCACCACGGAGUCGAUCUACCAUCGCAAGCCCUUCGUCGGGAUUCCCAUCUUUGGCGAUCAGUUCCUCAACAUGGCGAGGGCCGAACAGAAUGGCUAUGGAGUGACAGUGAACUAUGAAGAGCUCACAGCGCCCAAGCUGCUGGCAGCCAUCGAGCGGCUCAUCAAUGAUCCCGAGGCCUCCAAGAAGGUGCAGGACAUGUCGGAUCGUUAUAUCGAUCAGCAGCAAACACCGCUGGAGCGUGCCAUCUUCUGGGUGGAGCAUGUGACCCGUCACAAGGGCGCCAAGUACCUGCGAAGUGCCUCCCAAGACCUGAACUUCAUUCAGUACCACAGUCUGGAUGCCAUUGUGAUACUCUAUGGCGGCAUCCUCUUCGCUUUUUACUGUCUGUUUGCGCUGAUUCGCCUGCUGGUGCGCUCGCUGCAGGAAUGCUGUGCCGGCAAGGCAGAAGACAAGUCAAAGUCAAAGCCAAAGGUCAAAAGAAAUUAGAGUCCGUCCCCAGCUGUAACAUAAACCAGUUCAGGGUCAAUAAUUUGUCUAUCACUGUUCUUGAAUAUUUCAUGUGAUUUUAAAUAUUUCCUUUGUGUAAGCCGCUUGGAGAUGCUAAUGAAUCGAAAUAUUAGGCUCAAUAAAUGGUGCUAAGAACUUGCA